UCAUUCGAACCGCACGCAACGGCCUGCCACAACAUCAUGAGAUGGUACAUCAUCCUUGUGCUCCUGGCUCUCUGGGCCUCAAUGGCUUGUGCCCAGAAAAACCAAAGACCCAAGACAAAAGCUGUCUCCUGCCUAGGGACCCCGGACCCUGCAAUGAGCGCGCCUCAGCUAAAUGGUACUUCGACUCGAAGACGUCGAAAUGCCGGCGGUUCGUCUACGGGGGCUGCCAAGGGAACGGCAACCGUUUCGACAGUGAUUCUGAAUGCAAGAACAAAUGCAUCGUUUAGAGAACGUCGAUUGAACGACACUUUCACAGACAGACGACGACCGACCCUCCGAUCAAGCACUGAAGUCACCGACGAAUGAAGGACCUGGAAUCUACUCGAAAAUUACCGCUCCCUCCCCGAUCCGGAAAUCUCUUCCACUGGCAACAUAUUCUCAGGGGAAUCUCUUUCUCGAUAGAAUAAACUUCGAGAGCUGGAAA